AUGAGUCAGUUUGAAACCAAUUCACAAUCUUAGAUACCAUUUUAAGAAAGAAGCAAACUCAAUUCGAAUCGUUAAUUAGGGACAUCUAACACAUUUAAUGGUUAAAAUCAAAAAAUUUUGGACUAAAACGAGUAAUGAUGAUAUUUUCUAAUAUUAUAGAUCAGUUCCUUAAAGAUCUACAUAACCAAAUAAGUAAUGUAUGUAAUUAAUUUAAGCUAUGGAAAUUUAUAAACAAGUUCUUAAUUGUCUUAAUACCCAUAAUUUAACUAUCCAUUAAUGGGUUAAUAAACAAUGAAAGAUCAAGAUUAAUUAGAGUAAAUACAAAAAUUGACAAAAGAAAAUGAUACAUUAAAGUAAGAAAGAUAAUUUAAUUAGAUAUUAGUGGAGAGCACUUGAAUAGGAAAAUUAAAAAUUGAAGAGUGACAAGUAUUUUAAUCUAAUGUAUAAUUUAGUAUUCAAUUGAAUUCAAGAGACAAAUCAAAUAUGAAUGAAAUUUAAGAAUUAUAGUAAAAUAUUAUAUUAUAUAUAUCUAGAGAUCAAAUAUUGAUAUUAAAAAAUGAAAAUAAAAGAUUAACAAAUACAAUUUAAGAAGAUCAAUAUUUGUUGAUAGAUUUAUAGAAAUUAAGGAAAUAAGCAGAUUUUAAUAGGGGGCUUGAAAAUUAGAUAACUGAUUUAGAAUAAUAAUUUGCAAAUGUUAGCAAAUAAUUAUAGGAAUAAAAAAGAUAGAAUGCUUUUUAAGAGUCUGAACUUUAAAAUCAAAAAGAAAUCCUUGAAAAAUACAAAACAUAAGUUAGAGAUUAAACUUUAGGAUUUGAAUAAUAAGUGUAGAAAAAUGAGUAAUUGUUGAGCGAUAAUCGAAAAAUGAAAAUGGCGUUAGAUUCAAUUAACAAAGACUUAAAACAAGAAUAAGAGUAAAAUUAAAUGUUAAAUCAAAAAUUAACUUAAAUUUCUUCAGGAGCUAAAGAUUAAUUAAAUAAUUUGUAAAAGAACUUAUCUAAUCUUAAUUUUUAAAAUGAAUAAUUGAAAAAUUAAAUCACUCAAUUAUAAUAAAAGGAAAAAGAAUUAUAAAUAUCUUAAAAUCUUAAUAUUUAAUAAGAAAAUAAGAUAAGAUAAAUGAAUUAACAAUUAAGUGAAUGUAAUUUUACUAUUUUUAUUAUUUAGAAUAGAGAUAAAUUGAAUAAAAUAAUAUGAUUAUUUCAAAUGGAAAAGUAGAAUAUACUAAAUUGACAACUAAAUGUCAAUAAUAAGAUCAAGAAAUUUGGAAAUUAAAAGAACAAAUAAAUAAUUUGACAUAAUAAAAUACUUUAAUAUCAAAUAAAUGUACAUAGUUUGAAAGAAGUAUGGAAGAUAGUUUAUAAAAAUCAUAAAUGUUAUCAUCAGAUCUAAAAGGAUAAUUGGAGAAAUGGAAAAGUUAUGGAAAUUAAUUAGAAUAAGAAGUAAAGAAAAGAGAAACUGCUAUUUUAAAUUUAGAAAAUGAUUAUAUGAAAACAGAAACUUAAUUAAAAUAAGCUUUAGAAAUUCAAACUCAAUUAAAGAACGAAAGAAAUAUUUAAAUAGGAAAAUUAAAAGAAAUGCAUGCUGAUCUAUUGGUUUAUGAAAAAAAGUGUGAUUAAUUAGAAAGAGGUAUUCAAUUAAUAUAUUUUUAGAUAUCAUAACACUUUAAACUUAAAUUAAAGGAUAAUAAUAAAAUUAAGAUAGAUUAGAACAUGAAAAAUAAAUACUAAAUUAAGAGAUUAAAUAAUUAAUAGAAGAUUUACGUAGAAUAUAAAAUUAAUAUGAUUUAAAAACUAGAGAUUUUGAAUCAUUACUUUAGAAACAUGAAUAAGAAAGUAGUUUAAGAGAUAGAGAUAUAUAAAAUUUGAGAGCUUAAAAUUCUACUUUGACUGAAAGAAAUAUUGCUUUGGAACAUGAAUUGGCAAGAGAAAGAGUAAUAAUAUAUUCUAUAUUUAAAAUUAGGAUAAAUAAUUAUAAUUAGAUUCUAAAAUUAGAACUUUAGAAAAUGAGAUACAUAAUUUAAAUUUUUAAUAAACUCUUAAAUAGUAGUAUUCAUGGAAUACUGAACCUUAAUUAAGUAUUGGAAAUUAAAAACCAUUGUUUACAGAAUUAAGCUAGGGUUAUUAAUCUCCAUAAGCAAAUUAUUAAGGAAUUAAUUCUCCAGUUUAUAAUCAAUCUGGAAUUUAGGUUUAAUCCAAUUAAAAACCUACAGAAGUUUCGAAUUAUGGUGGUGAACAUUUACGUAACAAUUCGUCACAUCAAAUAAAAAGCAAAAAUUACGAUUUGAGAUUCCAGAAUUAAUCUUAAAAUUAAUAACAUUGA